CAGCGGCGGCGGGGCUGGGGGGAGGCCGCCCAGGCGGCUGGGGCCGAGGAGGGACAGGCGGAGGUCGGGGACGCCGCGGCGGCGGGGUCAGGCUCCUCGGUGGGAGGCGCGGGUGGCGGCCGCGGAGACUGGCGGCGGCUCCUCGCCUGGCUGCGGCGGCGGCAGCCCCAGUGCUGCCCCUGUGCGGCGCCCCUUCCCCGCUCCGCCGCGCACUGUUGUCAUGGAGGAACCAAGAUGGCGGCUCUGGCCUACAACCUGGGCAAGCGGGAGAUCAACCACUACUUCAGCGUGAGAAGCGCCAAGGUGCUGGCGCUGGUGGCCGUGCUGCUGCUCGCAGUGUGCCACCUCGCCUCCCGCCGCUACCGAGGUAAUGAUUCGUGUGAAUACCUUCUUUCAAGUGGCAGAUUUCUUGGAGAGAAAGUUUGGCAACCUCAUAGUUGUAUGAUGCAUAAAUACAAAAUCAGUGAAGCAAAGAACUGUCUUGUAGAUAAACAUAUUGCAUUUAUUGGAGAUUCCAGAAUUCGUCAGUUAUUUUAUUCAUUUGUAAAAAUAAUUAAUCCUCAGUUCAAAGAAGAAGGAAAUAAGCACGAAAACAUUCCUUUUGAAGAUAAGAUUGCAUCAGUCAAAGUGGAUUUUCUGUGGCAUCCAGAAGUUAAUGGUUCUAUGAAACAGUGUAUCAAAGUGUGGACUGAGGAUUCUGUUGCAAAGCCCCAUGUGGUUGUAGCAGGAGCUGCCACAUGGUCUAUCAAGAUUCACAACGGCAGCAAUGAAGCACUUUCUCAGUAUAAAAUGAACAUUACUUCCAUAGCACCACUGUUAGAAAAACUGGCCAAGACCAGUGAUGUUUAUUGGGUCUUACAAGAUCCUGUUUAUGAAGAUCUAUUAAGUGAAAACAGGAAAAUGAUCACUAAUGAGAAGAUAGAUGCCUACAAUGAAGCUGCAGUCAGUAUUCUGAAUAGUAGCACCAGAAAUUCUAAAUCAAAUGUUAAAAUGUUCAGUGUUUCCAAAUUAAUUGCUCAAGAAACCAUCAUGGAAUCUUUGGAUGGCUUACAUCUUCCAGAGUCAAGCAGAGAAACUAGUGCGAUGAUUCUCAUGAACGUGUGUUGCAAUAAGAUCCUGAAGCCUGUGGACGGUUCCUGCUGUCAGCCUCGGCCCCCUCUGACGCUCAUACAGAAGCUGGCCGCUUGUUUUUUCACCUUAUCUAUUGUCGGAUACUUAAUUUUUUAUAUAAUUCAUCGUAAUUCUCAUCGGAAGAAUAAGCCAUGUACUGAUUUGGAAAGUGGAGAGGAAAAGAAAAAUAUUAUCAGUACCCCUGUGUCUCCGCUAGAAGUACUGUUACAGUCCUUCUGCAAACUUGGCCUGAUUAUGGCUUAUUUCUACAUGUGCGACCGUGCAAAUCUAUUUAUGAAGGAAAACAAAUUUUAUACACAUUCAACUUUCUUUAUCCCAAUUAUUUACAUCUUGGUUUUGGGAGUAUUUUACAAUGAAAAUACUAAAGAGACUAAAGUAUUAAAUAGAGAACAAACAGAUGAAUGGAAAGGCUGGAUGCAACUUGUGAUUUUGAUUUAUCAUAUCUCUGGAGCAAGUACAUUCUUGCCUGUGUACAUGCACAUUCGGGUUCUGGUUGCCGCAUAUCUAUUUCAAACGGGGUAUGGGCACUUCUCAUACUUUUGGAUCAAAGGAGACUUUGGAAUCCAUAGAGUAUGUCAGGUCUUAUUUCGUCUCAAUUUCCUGGUAGUGGUGUUAUGUAUAGUAAUGGAUCGGCCUUAUCAAUUCUAUUACUUUGUCCCCUUGGUCACUGUAUGGUUCAUAGUCAUAUAUGUUACUUUAGCACUGUGGCCUCAAAUAAUCCAAAAAAAAGCAAACGGAAAUUGUUUCUGGCAUUUUGGCUUACUGUUGAAACUAGCCUUCUUGCUGUUAUGUAUAUGUUUUUUGGCAUAUUCUCAGGGUGCGUUUGAGAAGAUCUUUUCUCUUUGGCCAUUGUCCAAGUGUUUUGAACUGAAAGGGAAUGUAUAUGAAUGGUGGUUCAGAUGGAGGUUAGACCGUUACGUAGUCUUUUAUGGAAUGUUGUUUGCUUUCAUUUACCUGGCUUUACAGAAGCGUCAAGUACUUUCUGAAGGAAAGGGCGAACCUCUCUUUUCAAACAAAAUAUCAAAUGUUCUAUUGUUUAUUUCAGUAGUUUCUUUCCUGACCUAUUCCAUCUGGGCCAGCAGCUGUAAAAACAAAGCAGAAUGCAAUGAGCUCCACCCGUGUGUUUCUGUAGUGCAGAUUUUAGCCUUUAUUCUAAUAAGGAAUAUCCCUGGAUAUGCCCGUUCUGUUUACAGUUCAUUUUUUGCUUGGUUUGGGAAAAUUUCAUUAGAGCUCUUUAUCUGCCAAUACCACAUCUGGCUGGCAGCGGAUACAAGGGGAAUCUUGGUACUCAUACCUGGAAACCCUAUGCUCAACAUCAUUGUCAGCACUUUCAUAUUUGUGUGUGUGGCACAUGAGAUUUCUCAGAUCACCAAUGACCUUGCACAGAUCAUUAUUCCUAAAGAUAACUCUUCUCUGCUGAAAAGGUUGGCAUGCGUAGCUGCGUUUUUUUCUGGACUCCUCAUUUUAUCAUCCAUUCAAGAUAAGACUUUACGUUCCUAAAAUUCUAAAAAAAAUAUAAACUCUUCAAGCUAACUUUGUGUCUGCCUAGAAGAGAAAAGCAUCUAUCUGGAGAUGUACAUGUAAAUAACAAUUGGUGUGGUCAGAGGACAGCUCAGUGAUGUCUGUGGAACGUGUGUGGUUGUAUAUAUUGGAAAUGUACAUAUCCUGUGUGAAAUAAUGAAAAAAAGUGAUGAAACAGACUGCAUUGUAUAGCAUUGCAUGUGAAAAGUCUUUUCUACUGGAUCUAUAUUUCCAUUUGUAAAUGAUUUUAAGUUAACAUAUGAAGGCAGGGAAAUGAUCACCUUUCCAGUAAAAAAUAGAGAUAAUUUAACUAGCUUACUGUCGCACUGUUUUGAUAUUUACUAAAUUUGUGGUAAUGAGAUUGUCUACACCUAUAUUCAUCAUGGAAAUUCCUAGUUCAUUGAAAACUUUCUCGCUCAAGAAUAACUACAGUGUUGUUUUCUUAUCAUAUGUGCAAUGAUGUGGAGUGAUAAACAAUAUGCCUUUAAUUUAUAUAUGUUCUUCUGUUGUUAUGUGUUUCCUGACAUGAUUGUUUUUCUAGCUGUGGUUUUCAGGUAUACGAGCCUAAAUCUUUGUACACUUUGUCUCUCAGAGUUGUUCUAGGCUCCAUGACAGGGUUUAUCAUUGUUGAUGUUUUGUUUUUGUUUUUGUUUUUUAUAAAAAGGCCAAAUUUUCUUUCCAGUUCAACCAUUUGCCUGUUUCCUUUUCAUAAGCUACACCAGUAUAAUAUCAGUUACCCUGUGGAUCCACUUAAUACAUUUUCCCCUGACUGAUUUUUAUAUAUUAUUUCCAAAGUUUGGAAAACUCUUUAUAACCAUUUUGUUAUUUCCUAUUACUCCCUCCUAUUUUUAAAAAGGUAUUUAUCAAUCUAAACUUGUGUGGUCCUAGUAAAGAUUCCAGUUGUUAGGAGUGAGAUGUACGACCAUCAGUAGAGUUUUAAGUAAACCGGUGACUUUGGGCAAUAUAUGUUUUUUGGUUUGGUUUGGUUUGGUUUGGUGUUGUUACAAACUAACUAUUAGAGGUAUAAAUUUAUUUAUCUGUUGUACAGAUUUUAUUAUGACUUUUAAUGUUUGAAAGAUUGCACUUGUUUGCUCUUACUAUGUGUGGGGUAAAAUAUAUUUUCUGUUUGUGGUAUAUGAAAAUAUGGAGUAAUUUAAACAGUAAAUAAACGUUCUGUGGAUGCUUA